AUGCCUGCGCUUUCGAAACAGCCUGGCGCGGGCAUCCGUGAGCCAUUGGCAGAUGCGGGAUCUCGAGCGAAUCAAUUGUCUGCACCACAACCACCUGCCGCUGCCGGAGACAAGAGUAAAGAUGCCCCAUCUGUCUCUAUGGACUCGUCCACCUGGAAGCCGCACCCCGGAGCCCUAGCACCAGCAAUCUCACUAGCUCAAGCAGCGGACCUGAAGCGCGAAUCCAACAUCACAAUCCACGGCUUCGACGUUGACGCGAUCGAGCUGCCCCACGACCUACCUGUAGAUCUGAACUGCGACCAGGUGCGUCUCAGAAUCACUCGGUUGCUGGAUAGUGGCCGGGUCAAAGUGGGACAAUUCUGCGAGGCGAUCGGGGUCAGUAAUGCCUCUCUGCUGCGUUUCCGCGGACAGAAGGGCCGGGAGAAGGGUGCGAUGUGUGAUGCGUAUAUGGCGGCUUUCGAGUUCUUGAAGAAGAUGGAGAUGGCCGGGAUCAAGAUACCGAGGAAGAAGGCGAUGGUGGCGGGCGGCGGUGAUGGUGCGGCGGCGAGUGGUGCUGGACAGGGUUAUCCGGAUAUCAGCAAUGUCCAUCUGGAUGGCGAAGAGGACGAUGCGGUGGAGGUGUACGAUACCUGCGAUGAAGUCCGCAAGAAAAUCACGGCGUAUAUAACCAAGAGUAGCACCUCGCAAGCACAAUUCUGCCGGGAUUUGUACGCUCAGACGUUCAGCGAAGACAGGCCAAAACGGAUCCAGGGCAUGCAGCUCGAUUCCUUUCGAAGUAAGAAAGGUCCUCAAGCUGGGAUUACGUGUAGUGUGUUUUACGCUGCCUAUGUCUUCUUCGAGAAGAUCCGGGUAGCGCAGGGGAAGGCGAAGAGUAAGCAUAGGUUGGAGAUGGAGCAGAAGUGGCCUGGAGGGUUGGAGAGGAGUGCGAGUGGGAAUGGUGGGUACGUAUCAUCGUCUGUGUUGCUGUGA